AUGGCAUUCUCUACCUCUUUCUUCUCACCGGACCCGGCCCCUGCCGGCGGCGGCCAGCCACCGCACGAAACAAAGGCCAUCAAAAAUGAAUCCCCGGCACCGGGGGAUAACUGGCCCGCCGAGCGGCCGCAUGCCUUGCCAAAUGCCCCUCCCUCCGAGAGGAGCCAACCUCCUCCAAGCAUCGACAGCGGCGACGGCGAAAUCGGCGACGAUAACACCGACGCCAUCGGCACCAACGGCACUAACGGUACCUACGACAUCGACGACGCAAGCGCAGGGACAGGGUCUAACACAUCCUCCAAGAUGCCCGCUGCGAAAAAGAAAAAGGGCACCGCAGCUGCCGUCAAGGCGCCUGCGAAACGCGGCCGCCCAGCGACAGGUCCAAAGAAGACCAAACCCGGCGGUCCCAAGAAGGCUAAGACAGGGCCCGCAUCCAAGAAAUCCGGCUCCGGCGCCAGCACCAACGAAGGUGGCGAUGGCCACUCGAGCGAAUCUGACAACGGGCCCUACUGCCUCUGUCGCGGGCCCGACGACCACCGCUUCAUGAUCGCCUGCGAUCGCUGCGAGGACUGGUUCCACGGCGAGUGCAUCGGCAUGGACAAGCACACGGGCGAGAACCUGGUGCAAAAGUACAUCUGCCCCAACUGCGGCGAGGGCGGCCGCUAUACAACCCGAUACAAGAAAAUGUGCUCGCUCUCCGGCUGCACCGAACCCGCGCGCAUCUACGACGCCGUCCGGCCCAGCAUCUUCUGCUCCUCCGACCACUGCCAGGCCUGGUGGGAAGAACUCAUCUCAACCUUACCACGAAGCAAACCAGACUCGACUGCCUCCGCCGCCGACCACCUCACCCAAGGCGAGUUCAUGGGCCUGCUCGACUCCCCGGCAUCCUCAUUAUUACCCCCCAACGACCCAACCAACACCUCACCCGAUGCCACCACGUGGCAUCUCAGCACGGCCCCCUUCUCUACCCCCGACAACUUCUGGGACCUCCCCUCCUCCUCCCGCGCACUCACAGCCGAGGAGCAAUUCAUCCUCAGCACAUCCGCCGCCGCCCGCUACCAACUCGGCGAAGAAAUCGUCCUCUGCAAGAAGAUGCUGCAGCUGAUAGAACUAGCGCACCAGCAGCGCGAGGCCGCGGUCGCCGCGGGCAAGGGCACAGCCAAGGACCUGUGCGGCUACGAUGCCCGCUUGGACGCCGUCGGCGCGACAUACCAGUUUUCGCUGUUCUUGCAGACCCCGCAGGGCGAGGCUAUCUUUAAGUCGGGCCAUCUCGAUCCUAUUCCACCGUCCCUUCACACUGCUCCUACCACCAACGGGACUAACGGGACUAACGGGACUAACGGGACUAACGGGACUAACGGGACUAACGGCACCAACGGAACCACUACCAACGGCAGCACCCCCCACAACCCCCCGAUAGAAAAACCCUCCUUCUCCACGGACCCCGACUUCCCCUGCAUGUGCCCACGUAAGAAGUGCAAGCCUCAUAACGGAUGGAGCGCCAUCUUAACAAAAAUGGUCAAGCACGACAUGAAGGAGCUUGCGGCGCAGGCCAAGGAAAAACUGGAUGGGGAACGGCGGGUGCGGGAUGGGGCGGCGGGACGGUUUAGGAGGAGGAUUCAUGAGGCGAAUCGGGUUGUUGUUUUGGAUGAGAGUUUGGGGGAUGGGGAUGGGGGUGAUGAUGGGAUGAAUGUUGAUGGAUGA